AUGCUUCGUCUCGCGCCGUCGCUGCUGCGACAAAGCAGCCGAUUGCUUCGCCCGGUCCGCCCAGCUCAAUCAUGUCUCUCCUUCCGCCCUCUGCCUUCGCCUUUGAAGCGGAGAUAUGCUACAGCCGCUGCUUCUGCUCCCGACCCAAAUGACAACUUCCUAUCUGGAAAUACAGCGAAUUACGUUGACGAGAUGUAUAUGCAGUGGAAGGAGGAUCCGAAGAGCGUGCACAUCUCAUGGCAGGUGUACUUUAAGAACAUGGAAAGUGGUGAUAUGCCAAUGUCGCAGGCGUUCACUCCUCCACCAACUCUCGUCCCGUCUCCAACCGGAGGCGUUGCCAACUUCAUGCCAGGACUAGGAAUGGCAGCUGGGGAGGGCUCUGAUGUGACGAAUCACUUGAAGGUCCAACUCCUCGUCCGUGCCUACCAAGCUCGAGGUCAUCACAAGGCAAAAAUCGACCCACUAGGAAUUAGACGCGAGGCUGAGGAAUUUGGCUACAGCAACCCCAAAGAAUUACGUCUCGAACACUACCAAUUCACCGAGAAGGAUCUCGAUACCGAAUACACACUUGGUCCUGGCAUUCUGCCACGCUUCAAGAGGGAAGGCCGGGAAAAGAUGACCCUGCGGGAUAUUAUUGCGGCUUGCGAGAGAAUCUACUGCGGCUCCUACGGAAUCGAGUACAUCCACAUCCCCGAUAGAGAACAAUGCGAUUGGCUGCGUGAGCGAAUUGAGAUCGAACAACCCUUCAAAUACUCGAUUGAUGAGAAGCGUCGAAUUUUGGACCGUCUGAUUUGGAGCUCUUCGUUCGAAAGCUUCUUAGCAACUAAAUAUCCCAACGACAAGCGUUUUGGUCUCGAAGGUUGCGAAACUCUCGUUCCGGGAAUGAAGGCACUUAUCGAUCGGAGCGUCGAUUAUGGAGUGAAGGAUAUUGUCAUUGGUAUGCCGCAUCGUGGUCGUCUCAACGUCCUCAGCAACGUUGUCCGAAAGCCCAACGAAUCCAUCUUCAGCGAAUUCGGAGGAACUGCUGCGGCAGAGGAUGAAGGAUCUGGUGAUGUUAAAUACCAUCUGGGAAUGAACUUCGAACGUCCUACUCCUUCUGGCAAGCGUGUGCAGCUGUCUCUAGUCGCCAACCCUUCUCACUUGGAAGCUGAGGAUCCCGUGGUUCUGGGAAAGACAAGAGCCAUCCAGCACUACAACAAUGACGAGAGGACACACAACACUGCGAUGGGCGUUCUCCUCCAUGGAGACGCGGCUUUCGCAGCUCAAGGAGUUGUGUACGAGUGCUUAGGUUUCCACUCGUUGCCCGCAUAUUCCACUGGUGGCACCAUUCAUUUGGUUGUGAACAACCAGAUUGGUUUCACCACUGAUCCCCGAUUUGCUCGGUCGACCGCUUACUGUACCGAUAUCGCCAAAUCAAUCGACGCACCAGUCUUCCACGUCAACGCCGAUGAUGUUGAAGCGGUCAACUACGUCUGUCAGUUGGCCUCUGACUGGCGUGCGGAAUUCCAGAAGGAUGUUGUCAUUGAUAUUGUGUGCUACCGAAAGCAUGGCCACAACGAGACUGAUCAACCAUCUUUUACCCAGCCGUUGAUGUACAAGCGAAUCCAGGGACACGAACCCCAAAUUGACAUUUAUGUGAACCAGCUCUUAAAGGAUGGCAGCUUCACCAAGGCGGACAUUGAAGAGCACAAGAAGUGGGUGUGGGGAAUGUUGGAAGAGAGCUUUGCAAAGAGCAAGGAAUACCAACCCACUUCUAAGGAAUGGACCACUUCUGCAUGGAACGGCUUCAAGUCGCCCAAGGAGCUUGCUACCGAGGUUCUGCCACACAACCCGACCGGAGUGCCCGAGCAUACUUUGGAGCACAUCAGCACAGUCAUUGGCAAUGCCCCCGAAGGCUUUCAGGUCCAUCGAAAUUUGAAGCGCAUCCUUGCGAACAGAGUCAAGACUGUUCACGAAGGAAAGAACAUUGAUUGGUCUACUGCUGAGGCCCUCGCUUUUGGGUCUCUCGUCAGCGAAGGCCAUCACGUUCGUGUUUCAGGACAAGAUGUUGAGCGUGGUACAUUCUCACAGAGACAUGCCGUAUUCCAUGACCAAGAGACCGAGAAGACUUAUACUCCUCUCCAGCACAUCAGCAAGGACCAAGGAAAGUUUGUCAUCUCCAACUCCUCAUUGAGUGAGUUUGGUGUUCUUGGAUUCGAGUACGGAUACUCACUGUCAUCACCUAAUGCGCUUGUUAUGUGGGAGGCCCAAUUCGGAGACUUCGCCAACAACGCCCAAUGUAUUAUUGAUCAAUUCGUUGCCUCCGGUGAGGUGAAAUGGAUGCAAAGAUCGGGUCUCGUCAUGUCAUUGCCUCAUGGAUAUGAUGGCCAAGGACCUGAGCAUUCUUCCGGGCGUAUGGAGAGAUACCUGCAGCUCUGUAACGAGGAUCCCCGCAUCUUCCCAGCCCCAGAGAAACUCGACCGCCAGCACCAAGAUUGCAACAUGCAGAUUGCCUACAUGACUACACCCGCAAACUUAUUUCACAUCUUGAGAAGACAGAUGAACAGACAGUUCCGCAAACCUCUCAUUAUUUUCUUCUCGAAGUCUCUGCUCCGUCACCCCAUUGCCCGAUCGAGUAUUGAGGAGUUCACCGGCGAAUCUCAAUUCCAGUGGAUUAUCCCCGACCCUGAGCAUGGCAACACCAUCGCCGAACCAAAUGAAAUCGAUCGCGUCAUUCUCUGCACUGGUCAAGUCUACGCCGCUCUUCACAAACAUCGUGCCGACGAGGGUCACAAGAACACAGCCAUCACUCGCAUCGAGCAGCUCAACCCCUUCCCCUGGCAGUUGCUCAAGGAGAAUCUCGACAUGUAUCCCAACGCAAAGACGAUCGUUUGGUGUCAAGAGGAGCCACUGAAUGCCGGAGCAUGGAGCUUUACUCAACCUCGCAUUGAAACCCUCCUGAACCACACCGAACACCAUGACCGAAAACACGUGAUGUAUGCGGGACGAAACCCGAGCGCAAGUGUUGCAACUGGAUUGAAAGCAAGCCAUACGAAAGAAGAAAGAGAGCUGUUGGAGACGGCUUUCUCUGUCACGCAGGAUAAGCUCAAGGGAGAGUAG